AUGUCGACGUCUACUCCACAGCCAGAAGAGCGCGCAGCAAGGGAGUCUCGCGUCUGCUAUAUCCCGGAACAAAUCGACAAAGCCGCCUUCACAAGCCCACCCACGGCGAGAAAUACUCCCCUGUCCUUGACGUUCCGAGAUGUAUGGACCUUGAUCUCGGUGCUUCCUCUCCUCCCAAACGUGUUUCGGCCAGUAUCAUCACGGCGGAGUAGCGAUGAGCUGAGUCUCAAAGGCCUCAAUCCGAUCAACCUGGUCAUUCUGGCGGUCGUGACGUGUCUCGAGCUCCUGAUUUUUACGAUAUUGGGCCUAUCAAGCUACGGACUUAAGCAAAACUGUGAUUGCCUUGCUCAGAUUUUCGGCAGGCCAAUUAUUGGCAUCCAUAAUCCCACAUAUGGACUCAUCGGCGACUUGCUUGAAUGCAUCAUUCAACGAUCACUUUCGUUCAACAACUACAGCAUCCGUUUUACAUAUGACUAUGUGAAAAAGUUGCUGGUGGAUCCAAAAAUCGACAAAAUCGUCCUGAUUGGGCAUUCUCAAGGAGGGAUUAUCGUAUCCAUGGUGCUGGAUUUGCUGUUUACGGACCUUCCUGCGGAAAAUAUGGCAAAGCUGGAGGUAUAUACGUUCGGGUCGGCAGCAUCCUACUUCAACAAUCCUCUCCGGGCAAUUGACCCCCGCUCCAGUGCGCCUCGUACCGGAGUUAUCCCAUACAUCGAGCAUUAUGUCAACGGUGAAGACCUAGUUCCUCGAUGGGGCAUUUUGUACAAUGUUCGUACAAUCUUGGAGAACAAGUUUGCAGGGAAGAUAUUCAUUCGCACAAACAUCACAGGGCACAUGUUAAAUCAGCACUACCUCGACUGCAUGUUUCCUGUUCCGGGGGAUCAGCAGGAAGGCGAGCAGCCCGGAUUCCUAGACCAAGUCGUUGAAGUUGAUGAAACCACGCCACAUGCUCGAAAUCGGCUAAUUCACAAAGUGUUGAACGUUCCUGCAAAGGCAUCUUCCACAGAAGAUGGACGGUGUUUGUCAAUCAGCGAGGAUAUGUCCGGUAGCCCCAUAGCAAGCCUGAGAACGGUUCGGGAGCUGAGCAGAUUGUGGAGGUACAUGGGAGGAAAUGAUCCCGACAGUCUCCCAUAA